AUGUUGGGACCAACUUGGGAGGCCCUGGCUCCAACUUCCAUGCUAGGUCUAGAGGGCCCCUGUUGGGUAGGUCCAGGGCCUGAUGGGGGCCUUGCUGUGAGUGAAGAAUUUGGGGAUGUACAGCUGUUUGGCAGUGCCCACCAGCCUCUGGGCUCCCUGGGAACCCUGACUGGGCAUAGCUUCGGCCAGCCAGCAGGUGUGUGCUCUGACUCAGAGGGUAGCAUUAUUGUGGCUGAUGAGCAGAAGCACCAAGUAACCCUGUUCCCCCGGGUUGGGCCACCCAUCUGCUUGCAGUUGGAGGGACUAGAGAGGCCCUUGGGUAUAGCCUGUGCUCCCCAGGGCCAACUGGUGGUGGCAGAUGCAGGGGACAACUGCAUCAAGGUGUACCAGUAUCUUGGAGAGAUGGCCUCAGGGAAAUAG